ACCUCUUCUUUAUAAACACCUCACACCACAUUACAUUUUUUUAGAAUCAUAUUACUUCAAAGCAACAACACAAACCCUAGAAAUGGCGUUUCAACAAAUACUCUUUUUAGAAAUGGCGUUCUCUGCUAAGGCUUCAAUCGUUGCUCUCAUGAUGGUGAUCAUCUCCGUCGUCGCUGUUUCUGCUCAGUCUGAAGCUCCAGCACCAAGUCCUACUUCUGGAUCUAGCGCGAUCUCUGCGUCUUUCGUCUCAGCUGGAGUAGCAGCAGUUGCGGCUCUCGUCUUCGGCUCUGCUCUUCGGAUCUAAGUUUUAUUUUUGUGCUGUGAUGGUGAUUUCGUACAGAGUUUAUUAUCCGGUAUAGGCCAUUCAUCAUUAUUAUUAUUAUUAUUAUUAUUCGUCUGUCUCGUGUGUAUUCCGAAGCUUAUAGAUCUCAUUUCUACCUAGCUCUUUCUUUCUUCUAUGUUCUUAAGAUCUUCAUAUCUGUAUUGAGGAUCUCUUAUUAUUCUGAGUAUUAUUUUGUGGUUUUAGAGUUAUGGGAUGUGGUUUUUUGAUAUGAUAUUAUUGAAUCUAUUCUAUUUAUUUUAUGGAUGUUUUUUCUUAGAUCUCUUGUUCGUUAUGCCUAACGAUUCACACAAAUCCUGAGAAAUUUUGAGAAAAUGCGUACAGAGUAUGUAGUUGAGAAUUUUAUAAAAUUGAAGAAUAUAUUCUAAACGCGUUUAAAUCGAAUCAUUCCAACCCAAAAUCGAACUGUAACUCGAAAGCCAACUUUUGAUUAUAACGCAGAAUCAAAUCAUUAUUAUUUUGGCAUCAAAUUCUAUGCUGGUGGGAAUUGAAUCUGAUUCUAAUGCAACAAAAAUGGUCAAGCGUUAACCAAAAUACCGAAUCUGAAAUUUUGAAAUCGAAACCAGUAAUUGUCCAUUGAACUUAUAUAAUGAUGCUACUGAAUUAAUGUUUUGAGUUACAGACUUACAGUAUCUUGUUUGUAGUUUGUUAAAUGUUUUGCUCCACCUGUGAGUAGUGUAGUUCAAUUUCGCUUUCCAAUUACACAUUUUGAUAAAGCUUUGAAGUAGUGGUGGUGGGGUUAAAUGAUUUGUGCAUUGUUUUAAGAGUUUUCAGAAUUAUGCAGUACAAGUGUCCAUUGCUUAUGUUCUUUUAGAGCACCGCACUGUUGAAUGUUGAUGAUACUCAUUUCAAAUAUGGACCUUGACGUUGUGUUUUUUUUUUUUUGGAAAAUUGCGGUCUGACUUGUUAAAACAAAAAAAUCACGUUGGCGUGUGGAAUCAGCUGAACAACUAAAGUACCAAUACGAAAGCUUGACCUUUCUUUAUCAGCUAUGAAGAAAAAAUAUGCGGGGUUAUAAUAACGGAAUUGAAGUUGUCUUAAUGAGACACAAAUUUUGGUCAAUAGUAUUGAUUGAUAAUUAAGCCUCGCAGGCCACCUGUUCUUGUUUAUUUUUUUACAAAAAAAAGUUUUAUUCCUAGGAAUUAAAGGGAAAAAGAAAAUUGUUGGACUUUCAUAUUUGAGGCCCAUUGGGUAUAUGUCAUCUCACCCAAUUACCGUAAGUUAUUAUAUAUAUCAUAUCAAAUUGUUAUUCCAAAACAAAAAGAAAAAAGAUUCGUUGGGUAACGGAUUAGAAAUCGAUUCUGGCCGGGAAGAAAGAAAAAAAGCAGAGGAGGAAUCGCCAUGGAAAGUGUUAAGAAGGAGAAGGGCUCAUCAUCUUAUCUUCCUCAAGACCUGAUCGAAAAGAUUCUUUUGAACUUGCCGGCUAAAUCCAUACCAAAGCUCGUCGUCGUCUCGAAGCUCUGGUCUUCUAUCAUCCGAGGCAAAAAUUUCAUCGAUCUGUACCAGAAACAAUCUCUAUCUCGUCCAUGUUUUCUCCACUCGUUCCACCGUGACAGCAUCCAGUUCUUCCAGAUCAAGCCGUCUCAGUCUCUGGAGGCAGCAUCACCGUCUUCUUUUUACACUUGUACAACAUCAAGCUUUCCUCUGAAUCUUGAUACAAGUUACAAUGUUUAUCCACCUGUAUGCGGCGUGAUCUGCUUUCAAGAUUUGGAUAAGGUGGUGGUUUCGAAUCCUAGCACGGGCCAGUUCUUGGUUUUACCCAAACUCAACACUAGGAGAAAAGGGAUAUCAAGAUUUUUGGGAUACGAUCCGGUUAAAGAUGAAUACAAAGUCUUGUGCAUGACGGUAUUGACAACUUCUCGAAAGGUUGUGAGCGAAGAGCAUCAAGUUUUCACUUUAGGUGCAGGAGCUCAGAAGGAGAAGAAAGAAGCUACAUGGAGGAUGAUCAAAUGUAAGGUUCCGCAUUGUCCUGUAACCAAAGGGCUAUGCAGCAACGGUCUUGUUUAUUACGGAGCUUGGUCCAACAAUAAGGGAAAAAGGUUUCUAAUUGUGUGCUUUGAUGUGAGACUGGAAGAGUUUACUCGUGUUAAAUUACCUGAUGGUGUUGAAAUUGUUCGUUUUGGUUCUGUUUUGGUGAACUACCAUAGCAAGGUGGCUUUAGCGAAUCACUCAGAUUUUGCUAAAUUUGAUAUGUGGGUUUUGGAAGAUGUCGUCAAACAAGAAUGGUCAAAGAUCUCUGUCGUGGUUCCUUCUUGGAAAGAUUUAGUUGGAAGAGACUACUUCACUUGCAGAGGUGUCGUUAGUUCCGGCAAAUUCAUAUUCGCACCAGUCUAUUGGCGUGGCCCGUUUUGUGUUAUCAGUUACGAUCCCAAGGAAGAUAUUGGCAGAAGAGUUGUGAUUGAAGGACUCGGAGAUAACUUGCGUUCUGUGAGCCUCUUCUUGGAUCAUGUGGAGCGUCCUAUAUUUCUCUAAAGGAAGGCUAUUCGUUUGUUUGAUGACUUGUUGGUUUUUUCUAUUUUCUGAUCUCGGAUAUGGUUUCUUAGUUCAAUGGUUUUGAUUAAAGUUCAAGUUUUUAGUUUUUCUCUAGCUAACUGUUUCAUAUUUGGUUAUCUUUGGAGAGAACAAGCAAAUGUUAUACAAAGUUGUGUCUUUCAUGGUGAUUA